AUGUCCAGUUUCUCUAAAGCGACCCAGCAAUGGGCCACUUUUGCGAGAGUGUGGUAUCUUUUAGAUGGGAAAAUGCAGCCCCCUGGUAAACUUGCUGCUGUCGCAUCAGUAAGGCUACAAGGACUGCACAAGCCCAUCUACCAUCAGCUGAGUGACUGUGGGGAUCAUGUUGUCAUAAUGAACACAAGACAUAUAGCCUUUUCUGGAAACAAAUGGGAACAAAAAGUAUAUUCCUCACAUACUGGCUACCCCGGUGGAUUCAGACAAGUAACCGCGGCUCAGCUUCACCGCAAGGACCCGGUGGCAAUUGUCAAGCUAGCUAUUUAUGGCAUGCUGCCAAAAAACCUUCACAGAAGAACCUUGAUGCAAAGGCUGCAUCUUUUUCCAGAUGACGACAUUCCCGAAGAUAUUCUUAAAAAUUUAGUGGAAGAGCUUCCUCAGCCCCGGAAAGUGCCCAGGCGCCUGGAUGAGUACACGCAAGAGGAGAUUGACGCUUUCCCGCGGCUCUGGUCUCCGUAA